AUGAAGAUACAUGAAAUAUUGUACACCGUGGAGGCCAUCUACGUCCACGCCGGUACCACCCAGUUAAGCGCCGACUCCGGCGUGGUGGUAGCAGUAACCGACAUAGUCGUUCACGAGGGCUUCGAUGAGAUGGCCUACACGAACGACGUCGCCUUGCUCAAGCUGGCGCAGUCGCUGUCCUUCUCAUCGACCAUACAGGCCGUCUCUCUGUCGGCUUCAGGUCAGCAGACAGCCGCCAGCACCACAGCCACAGUGGUCGGUUGGGGAUCAACCGAGUCGUCCUCAUCCUUCGUCAGUGGCCUGAGAAAGGUUGACGUCCCCGUGUGGUUGGACGCAUACUGCGCGGCCACGUAUGAGAACUACUACAUGUACACGAGGGAGACCAACAUCUGCGCUGGAGAAUCUGGCAAAGGAAAAUGUGGGUAUGAUGUAGGAGGUCCGCUACUGGUGAACGGGCAGCAGGUGGGAGUCGCCUCCUGGGAUGGUUACGACUGUGCCACUGCAGGCUCGCCAGGUGUCUAUGCUGAAGUUUCCUACUACGUCGACUGGAUCAGUCAGAACGCAGUGUUGUUAUAUGCAGACGAUGCAGGCGAUGCAGCUCUGGUAGCAAAUUCAGAGGAUGAGCUGCAGUAUCUAAUCAACAAGUUAUUACAUUCAUGUGGAAAAUUUGGUCUUACCAUCAGCCUCCAAAAGAGUAAGAUCAUGGCGCAUGGAACCACCAACCUUCCAUCCAUCAGCAUUGACGGCAAUCCUCUACAGGUAAGCAUUUUAGUUAAUGGCAAUUUUAAGUGCGGUGGGACCAUCAUCAACCAAAACUGGGUGUUGACAGCUGCUCACUGCAUAGACGGAUACGGUGCGGGGUCCAUCACCGUCCAUGCGGGCUCCACAUCAAGCACCAGCUCUGGUACUACGGUGGGAGUGAGCACCACCAUCAUCAACGACAGCUUUGACAAUCUGGAAUACACGGACGAUAUCGCCCUGCUCGGGCUAUCGCAGUCGCUGUCUUUCUCGUCGACCAUAGCGGCCGUCUCCCUUCCGUCAUCCGGUCAGCAGACAUCCGCCGGCGCCACUGGCACUGUGGUUGGCUGGGGAUCCACCUCCAAGUCAUCCGCUGUCAGCAGCCUGCGCAAGGUCAACGUCGCCGUGUGGUCGGACUCGGACUGCCAGUCGACGUACUCGGACUACAUCUACCUCUUUAUGCCGGCCAUGAACAUCUGCGCAGGAGACUCAGGCAAAGGGUCAUGCGAUGGUGACGACGGUGGCCCCCUACUGGUGAACGGCCAACAGGUGGGAAUCUCCUCGUGGAAUGGGUUCGAUUGUGCCACUUCGCAGUAUCCAGGUGUCUUUGUUGAAGUUUCCUACUACGUCGACUGGAUCAAUCAGAAUACACGAUGA